CGCUCAUACCGAGAUGAGGUCAAGAGACAGCCAGAUCACGAGGAUGAGGAUGCCAUGGAUGACCAAUCUUUCAAGCCUACAGAAAAGGCAAAGAGCGCUGCCCAAUUAAACUUGUCCGCAAAGUUGAGCAAAGACGGUACUGGAAAGAAGGGUGGUCAGAAUGAGAUUUGGAGAUUACUCAAGAUUGCUCGUCCAGAGCUCAAGGUCCUCUCCUGGGCUUUCCUCUUCCUGCUCAUUUCCUCGUCCAUUUCAAUGUCUCUGCCCUUUUCCAUUGGUAAGAUUCUGGAUGCCGCGACUAAACCCGCCGAAGGCGAAGGCGCCGAUUUGCUCUUUGGCAUGACCAUGCCCGUCUUCUACAUCGCACUGGGUUCCGUUUUGGCCAUUGGUGCUGCUGCCAACUAUGGUCGCAUCAUCAUUUUGCGUAUUGUCGGUGAGCGUAUUGUUACCAAACUGCGCUCCCAACUCUUCAGACGUACUUUUAUUCAGAACGCAGAGUUCUUCGAUGCAAACCGAACAGGUGACUUGAUUUCACGUCUUGGUUCAGACACCAUCAUUGUCGGAAAGAGUAUCACACAAAACGUAUCUGAUGGUCUACGAUCUCUGGUUUCCGCUGUCGCUGGUUUUGGUCUCAUGGGUUACGUCAGUCUGAAAUUGACUGGCAUUCUGGCUCUCAUGUUCCCACCUGUCGCCAUUGGUGCUUUCUUCUACGGACGAACCAUUCGUACUUUGUCAAGGCGUAUUCAAAGGAACCUUGGAACUUUGACCAAGAUUGCCGAAGAGCGUCUGGGAAAUGUUCGCACGUCGCAAGCAUUUGCUGGUGAGCAGCAGGAAGUCCAUCGUUACAACACCCAGGUUCGCAAGAUUUUUGAUCUCGGCAAGAAGGAAGCUCUUAUCAGUGCUGUAUUCUUCAGUUCCUCCGGAUUUAUGGGCAACAUGACUUUCCUGGCCCUUUUGUACUUUGGAGGUGGCAUGGUUAGGAGUGGAGCUAUCAGUGUCGGUGACCUGUCCAGUUUCCUCAUGUACACGGCAUACGCCGGAUCAUCGCUGUUUGGUCUCUCAGGCUUCUACUCGGAAUUGAUGAAGGGAGUCGGAGCUGCCUCGCGUCUUUUCGAGCUACAAGACCGUGAGCCAACCAUUAGCCCUACAAAGGGUGAACCCGUCACCAGUGCUAGAGGCGAUAUCGUCUUCAAGAACGUCAGCUUCGCCUAUCCCACUCGUCCUGCAGUGCCCAUUUUCAACGAACUGGACUUUACUAUCAAACAAGGCACUAAUGUUGCCAUUGUUGCUCCAUCAGGUGCUGGCAAGUCCACAGUGGCCAGUCUGAUCAUGCGCUUCUACACACCAGCGGAAGGCCACGUUCUCAUCGGUGGACGCGAUAUUACCACAAUGAAUGCCAAGCAGUUGAGGAGAAAGAUCGGUUAUGUUGGUCAAGAGCCUGUUCUUUUCUCUGGCACUGUUGCCGAGAACAUUGCUUAUGGUCGACCCCUGGCCACUCGUGCCGAGAUCAUUGCUGCAGCACGCCAGGCCAACUGCCAGUUCAUCUCCGACUUCCCCGAUGGCCUUGAAACUCACGUCGGCGCACGAGGCACCCAACUCUCCGGCGGCCAAAAGCAAAGACUAGCCAUCGCCCGCGCCCUGCUCAAAAACCCCGACAUCCUGAUCCUGGACGAGGCAACCAGCGCUCUAGACGCGGAGUCUGAAACCCUCGUAAACCAAGCCUUGAACUCCCUCCUCGCAGGCAACAACACCACAAUCUCCAUCGCGCACCGUUUGUCAACCAUCAAACGCUCCGACAUGAUCAUUUGCAUCGGCAACGACGGCAAAGUAGCAGAAACGGGCACGUACAAGGAACUGAGCAAGAAGAAAGAAGGUGCGUUUAGCAAAUUGAUGGAGUGGCAGAUGAGUGGGAACGAAGCUAGGUCUUCGCGUCCUCAUGGCCCGGACAUCAAAGAAGAAGAGGAGAUUGAGAUGGAAUUGAGGCAGGAGAGUGAU